AUGGCUCUGACUCAGUUCGCCUUCCGAACUCUGAAAGGGAUCGGUGUGAUCAACGGUGCUCCGGACUACCAGCCGCUUCCUGCGUUUGAAAAACCAGAAGGGAAUCUGCGCUGCUGUACCUAUUCGCCCUGUGGCCGGUAUUUCGCGUGGGCCUAUCCGGAGAAAGUUAACAUCAUCAACGCUGACACGGGUGAUAUCAUCUCCUCGCUCCCCGCCGAAAACGUCUUCGAGCUAGGCUUCUCCCCCAAGGGCACCUACAUCAUUACGUGGCAACGUCCCUCGAAAGACGAGAACGGCGACGCGGUCAAGAACCUCAAGGUGUGGCUGGUACAUGAUGAGAAGGCCUUGGCAGAAGGAGUCGACAAGGAACCCCUUGCCCGCUUCGUGCAAAAGAACCAGACCGGGUGGAAUCUGCAGUACACCUACGACGAGGCCUUUUGUGCGAGAGUGGUCACUAAUGAAGUCCAAAUCUAUGAGAGCCAUGACCUGACCACCGUCUGGAAUAAGAUCCGGGUGGAGGGUGUGGUGGACUUCGCGGUGUCGCCGGGCGAGAGUCAUACCAUUGCAGUCUUUGUACCGGAGAGAAAGGGCCAACCGGCUGCCGUCCGAGUCUACAACGUGCCCAACUUCACGGUUCCUGCCUCCCAGAAGAACUUCUUCAAAGGUGACAAGGUGCAAUUGAAGUGGAACGACAAUGGUACUUCUUUGAUUGUGCUGGCCCAAACAGAAGUCGACAAAACUGGGAAGAGCUACUACGGAGAGACCACGCUCUAUUUGCUGAGUGCAAAUGGCGGCGUUGACUCCCGGAUUGAUCUAGACAAGGAGGGUCCUAUCCACGACGUCGCCUGGUCACCGAGGUCGAACAGUUUUGCUGUGGUGUACGGUUAUAUGCCUGCGAAAACUGUCAUUUUCAAUGCCAAGGCACAAGUGGUGCACACCUUUCCUCUAGGUCCUCGCAACACCGUGCUGUUCUCACCUCAUGGUCGAUUCAUGCUUCUGGCCGGCUUUGGAAACCUUGCUGGCCAGAUGGACAUCUACGACUUGGAAAAGGACUUCACAAAGGUUUGCACGAUCGAAGCUAGCAACGCCAGUGUGUGCGAAUGGUCGCCGGAUGGCGUGCAUAUCUUGACGGCAACCACCUCGCCUCGUCUGCGAGUCGACAAUGGCGUUCGCAUUUGGCAUGCGAGUGGCCCGCUGAUGUACAACGAGGACAUGAACGAGCUUUAUCACGUCUGCUGGCGGCCUCAACCGGCAGACGCACAUCCCCUGGGCGCCAAUCCCCUCGCUAGCGUUCCUACCCCCCAUAUCAGUGCUACAGAAUACACGGCAACUCGAAAGACACCCAGCAAGCCUGUUGGAGCUUACAGACCGCCAGGGGCUCGGGGCCAAGUGACGCCACUGGCGUUCAAACGCGAGGAUGAAGGAGGUGCAGCAUUCGUGCGAGACGGCGUCUCGUCAUUUGCCAGCAACAUCAACGGUUUCGGCAAGUCCCGGCAGCGUGCUGUUCCCGGUGCUGAACCAGUUGACGAGAAGAAGCCGCUGCCGCCCGGAGCCGCACCCGGGGGCGGUGUAAGCCUGACAGGUACCGGAGAGGGCGCUGACGGCGAGCCCAUGUCAAAAGCCGCCAAGAAGAACGCGAAGAAGCGGGAAGCGAAGAAAGCGGCGGCGGCGGCAGCAGCAGCCAAAGACCAACAGGGCGACGGUGCAGCAGCUAACAGCCUUGCUCCUGAUCAGCGCAACGGAGGCAGAGGAAAGAGUCCAAGCCGAAGCCCUGACGGUCGAGGCCACCAGCGUAGCCGAAGUAGGAAUUACGUGCCCGCACCAGGUCUCGAGCCACCCACGGGACCGAAAAAGGAACGAAGCAGGAGCAACAGCCGACGACAACGAGGUGACACGAAUAGCUCCCUGUGGGAUCGAAAUCACCACCAAGCAAACGGUACGCCCAAAGGCCCGACCAGCAACACCGCUCAGGGGCAGCAGAAAACCGCCCGCGCGAACGCUCCCACGAACAUCAACACCACGAUCCCGUUUCCGCCUCCGCCACCGAUCCCUCAAGGUGACCAUAACCCUCCUGAACUAGAAGUCACCUCUCCCAUGACGCCUGGCGGCGAUCCUCGGGACAAAAAGAUUCGGGGAUUACUCAAGAAGAUCCGCGCAAUCGAGGAUCUGAAAAUGCGGUUUGCAGGAGGGGAGAAGUUGGAGGACACGCAGAUGAGAAAGAUCUCGAGUGAGGACAGUGUGAGAAAGGAGUUGCAGGGGUUGGGGUAUUUUGGUUGA